AUGAACACGUCUCCGCUCGCCUGCUGCACGCCCGCGCUACCCGCGGCGGGGGACGCACGGAUGUCCCACGGGGGGACGGCUGGGGCGGACGCAGGGACAGUGGUAUCAGGAAUGUCAGUAUCAGGCGCGGCAGAAUCGGGCGCGGCAGUAUCCGGCGCGGCGGAAUCAGAGGCGGCGGGGUGGGGGAGCAAGGGGGGGCCGCGCGCGGAGGAGCAACUGGCGACGCUGCUGGCGACGCUGCGAUCGGAGGAGAAGGCGGUGUUGCUGCUGCUGCUGCUGCGACCCGACGAUGACAUCCACGGCGCGGCUCACGCGCGGGCAGUCAUGCGCGGAUGUCACGCGCGGAGGGGCAUGCGCGGAGUGUCAUGCGCGGAGAGUCAUGCGCGGAGUGUCAUGCGCGGAGAUUGCGCGGACGUUAACAUUCCCUUCCCUCGUUCUACCCUCCCACCCCUCGCGCUGCAUCCCCGCUUCCCCUCGCGCUGCAUCCCUGCUUCUCGUCGCUGCUUCCCCGCUUCCCCACGCUCUGCUUCCCUGCUUCCCGUCGCGCUGCAUUCCCGCUUCCCCUCGCGCUGCAUCCCUGCUUCUCGUCGCUGCUUCCCCGCUUCCCCUCGCUCUGCUUCCCUGCUUCCCGUCGCGCUGCAUUCCCGCUUCCCCUCGCGCUGCUUCCCUGUUUCUCGACGCUGCUUCCCUGCUUCUCCUCGCGCUGCUUCCCUGCUUCCCCUCGCGCUGCUUCCCUGCUUCCCCUCGCGCUGUUUCCCUGCUUCCCCCUCGCGCUGCAUCCCCGCUUCCCCCGCGCUGCAUCCACGCUUUCCCCUCGCGCUCCGUCCCCGCUUCCCCUCGAGCUGCAUCCCUGCUUCCCCUCGCGCUGGUUUUCCACAUUCCAUACUGGCGGCUUUCCCCUUUCCCUACGCGCUGCCUUCCCCCGUCCUAUACGCACCUUUCCCUUUUCCAUACCCGCUGGUUCCCUCUUUCGUCUCUCUGUUCCACUACGCUCAUCCCUGCCAUUACAUAACCACCAACAUCGAGGAAAGCGGGUGUUGUAGACUGAAACGUAGCGCCUUUGUCUUUCUUUUCCCCCUGCUUACCGAUUGUUUCCCCUCUGUUCACUCUCCCUUUUCCCCCUGCUUACCGAUUGUUUCCCCCCUGCUCGCUCUUUAUUUUCCCCCUGCUUACCACUUGUUUCCCUCCCAGCCCUCUCUUCCCUCUCUGCUCUCUUCCCUCCCUGCUCUCUCUUCCCUCUCUGCUCUCUCUUCCCUCCCUGCCCUCUCUUCCCUCUCUGCUCUCUCUUCCCUCCCUGCUCUCUCUUCUCUCCCUGCUCUCUCUUCCCUCCCUGCUCUCUCUUCCCUCCCUGCUCUCUCUUCCCUCCCUGCUCUCUCUUCCCUCCCUGCUCUCUCUUCCCUCCCUGCUCUCUUCUCUCCCUGCUCCCUCUUCCCUCACUCUCUCUUCCCUCCCUGCUCUCUCUUCCCUCCCUGCUCUCUCUUCCCUCCCUGCUCUCUCUUCCCUCCCUGUUCUCUCGUCGGUGGUGCAGCUCGUCAGGCAUGA